UCUGCUGUUAGGCGCGCCCAUUUCAGAUUGCUAAACUCGAAUUGAGAGGAAAAAAAAAAAAAUCAGGGAGGAGGUGGCAAGCCACACCCUACAGUGCCCGCGAAGUUCCCCGGCAGCGGACUGUCGCCCCGGCAGAAGCCGUCGAGAUGCAGGGCCCGCCGCUCCUGACCGCCGCCCACCUCCUCUGCGUGUGCACCGCCGCCCUGGCCGCGGCCCCGGGGCCCCGGUUUCUGGUGACAGCUCCAGGGAUCAUCAGGCCUGGAGGAAAUGUGACUAUUGGGGUGGAUCUUCUGGAACACUGCCCCUCACAGGUCACUGUGAAGGCGGAGCUGCUCAAGACAUCAUCAAACCUCACUGUCUCUGUCCUGCAAGCAGAAGGAGUCUUUGAAAAAGGCUCUUUUAAGACACUUACUCUUCCAUCACUACCUCUGAACAGUGCCAAUGGGAUUUAUGAGCUACGUGUAACCGGACAUGCCCAGGAUGAGAUUUUAUUCUCUAAUCGUACUCGCUUAUCAUUUGAGACCAAGAGAAUAUCUGUCUUCAUUCAAACAGACAAGACCUUAUACAAGGCAAAGCAAGAAGUGAAGUUUCGCAUUGUUACGCUCUUCUCAGAUUUCAAGCCUUACAAAACCUCUUUAAACAUUCUCAUUAAGGACCCCAAAUCAAACUUGAUCCAACAGUGGUUGUCACAGCAAAGUGAUCUUGGAGUCAUUUCCAAAACGUUUCAGCUAUCUUCCCAUCCAAUACUUGGGGACUGGUCUAUUCAAGUUCAAGUGAAUGACCAGACAUAUUAUCAAUCAUUUCAGGUUUCAGAAUAUGUAUUACCCAAGUUCGAUGUGGCUUUGCAGACACCGUUAUAUUGUUCUAUGAAUUCUAAGCAUUUGAAUGGUACCAUCACGGCAAAGUAUACAUAUGGGAAGCCAGUGAAAGGAGACGUAACACUUACGUUUUUACCUUUAUCCUUUUGGGGAGAGAAGAAAAUUAUUACAAAAACAUUUAAGAUAAAUGGAUCGGCAAACUUCUCUUUUAAUGAUGAAGAGAUGAAAAAUGUGAUGGAUUUUUCAAAUGGACUUUCUGAACACAUAGAUCUAUCUUCUCCUGGACCGGUAGAAAUUUUAGCCACAGUAACAGAAUCACUUACAGGUAUCUCAAGAAAUGCAAGCACUAAUGUGUUCUUCAAGCAACAUGAUUACGUUAUUGAAUUUUUUGAUUAUACUACUGUCUUGAAGCCAUCUCUCAACUUCACAGCCACUGUGAAGGUAACCCGUGCUGAUGGCAACCAACUGACUCUUGAAGAAAGAAGAAAUAAUGUAGUCAUAACAGUGACACAGGCAAACUAUACUGAGAACUGGGGCAGAUCUAACAAUGGAAAUCAGAAAAUGGAAGCUGUUCAGAAGAUAAAUUAUACUGUCCCCCAAAAUGGAAUUUUUAAGAUUGAAUUCCCAAUCCUGGAGGAUUCCAGUGAGCUACAGUUGAAGGCCUAUUUUCUUGGUAGUAAAAGUAGCAUGGCAGUUCAUAGUCUGUUUAAGUCUCCUAGUAAGACAUACAUCCAACUAAAAACAAGAGAUGAAAAUAUAAAGGUGGGAUUGCCUUUUGAGUUGGUGGUUAGUGGCAACAAGCAAUUGAAGGAGUUAAGCUAUAUGGUAGUAUCCAGGGGACAGUUGGUGGCUGUAGGCAAACAAAAUUCAACAGUCUUCUCUUUAACACCAGAAAAUUCUUGGACUCCAAAAGCCUGUAUCAUUGUGUAUUAUGUUGAAGAUGAUGGGGAAAUUAUAAAUGAUGUUCUAAAAAUUCCUGUUCAGCUUGUUUUUAAAAAUAAGAUAAAGCUAUAUUGGAGUAAAGCGAAGGCUGAACCAUCUGAGAAAGUCUCGCUUAGGAUCUCUGUGACACAGCCUGACUCCAUAGUUGGGAUUGUAGCUGUUGACAAAAGUGUGAAUCUCAUGAAUGCCUCUAAUGAUAUUACAAUGGAAAAUGUGGUCCAUGAGUUGGAACUUUAUAACACAGGAUAUUAUUUAGGCAUGUUCAUGAGUUCUUUUGCAGUCUUUCAGGAAUGUGGACUCUGGGUAUUGACCGAUGCAGACCUCAGGGAGGAUUAUAUUGAUGGUGUUUAUGACCAUCCAGAGUAUGCUGAAAGGUUUAUGGAUGAAACUGAAGGACAUAUAAUAGAAAUUAAUGGCUUUUCUUUGGAUAGCAGUCCACAUGUCCGAAAACAUUUUCCAGAGACUUGGAUUUGGCUAGACACCAACAUGGGUUCCAGGAUUUACCAAGAAUUUGAAGUAACUGUACCUGAUUCUAUCACUUCUUGGGUGGCUACUGGUUUUGUGGUCUCUGAUGACCUGGGUCUUGGACUAACAACUACUCCAGUGGAGCUGCAAGCCUUCCAACCAUUUUUCAUUUUUCUGAAUCUUCCCUACUCUGUUAUCAGAGGUGAAGAAUUUGCUUUGGAAGUAACUAUAUUCAAUUAUUUGAAAGAUGCCACUGAGGUUAAGGUAAUUGUUGAGAAAAGUGACAAAUUUGAUAUUCUAAUGACUUCAAAUGAAGUAAAUGCCACAGGCCACCAGCAGACCCUUCUGGUUCCCAGUGAGGACGGGGCAACUGUUCUUUUUCCCAUCAAGCCGACACAUCUGGGAGAAAUUCCUAUCACAGUCACGGCUCUGUCACCCACUGCUUCUGAUGCUAUCACCCAGAUGAUUUUCGUAAAGGCUGAAGGAAUAGAAAAAUUAUAUUCACAAUCCGUCUUAUUAGACUUGACUGACAGUAGGCUACAGAGUACCCUGAAAACUUUGAGUUUCUCCUUUCCUCCUAAUACAGUGACUGGCAGUGAAAGAGUUCAGAUCACUGCAAUUGGAGAUGUUCUCGGUCCUUCCAUCAAUGGCUUAGCCUCACUGAUUCGGAUGCCCUAUGGCUGUGGUGAACAGAACAUGAUAAAUUUUGCUCCAAAUAUUUACAUUUUGGAUUACCUGACUAAAAAGAAACAACUGACAGAUAAUUUGAAAGAAAAAGCUCUUUCAUUUAUGAGGCAAGGUUACCAGAGAGAACUUCUUUAUCAGAGGGAAGAUGGCUCUUUCAGUGCUUUUGGGAAUGAUGACCCUUCUGGGAGCACUUGGUUGUCAGCUUUUGUUUUAAGAUGUUUCCUUGAAGCUGAUCCUUACAUAGAUAUUGAUCAGAAUGUGUUACACAGAACAUACACUUGGCUUAAAGGACGUCAGAAAUCCAAUGGUGAAUUUUGGGAGCCAGGAAGAGUGAUUCAUAGUGAGCUUCAAGGUGGCAAUAAAAGUCCAGUAACACUUACAGCCUAUAUUGUGACUUCUCUCCUGGGAUAUAGAAAGUAUCAGCCUAACAUUGAUGUGCAAGAGUCUAUCAAUUUCUUGGAGUCUGAAUUCAGCAGAGAAAUUUUAGACAAUUAUACUCUAGCUCUUAUAACGUAUGCAUUGUCCUCGGUGGGGAGUCCUAAAGCAAAGGAAGCUUUGAAUAUGCUGACUUGGAGAGCAGAAGAAGAAGGAGGCAUGCAAUUCUGGGUGUCAUCAGAGUCCAAACUUUCUGACUCCUGGCAGCCACGCUCCCUGGAUAUUGAAGUUGCAGCCUAUGCACUGCUCUCACAUUUCUUGCAAUUUCAGGCUUCUGAGGGAAUCCCAAUUAUGAGGUGGCUAAGCAGGCAAAGAAAUAGUUUGGGUGGUUUUGCAUCUACUCAGGAUACCAUUGUGGCUUUAAAGGCUCUUUCUGAAUUUGCAGCCCUAAUGAAUACAGAAAGGACCAAUAUCCAAGUGACCGUGAUGGGGCCUAGCUCACCAAGUCCUGUAAACUUUCGGAUUGACACACACAACCGCUUACUCCUUCAGACAGCAGAGCUUGCUGUGGCACAGCCAACUGCAGUUAAUAUUUCUGCAAGUGGUUUUGGAUUUGCUAUUUGUCAGCUCAAUGUUGUAUAUAAUGUGAAAGAUUUUGAGUCUUCUAGAAGACGAAGAUCUAUCCAAAAUCAAGAAGCCUUUGACUUAGAUGUUGCUGUAAAAGAUAAUAAAGAUGAUCUGAAUCAUGUGGAUUUGAAUGUGUGCACAAGAUUUUUGGGCCCAGAUAGGAGUGGCAUGGCUCUUAUGGAAGUUAACCUACUCAGUGGCUUUAUGGUGCCUUCAGAUGCCAUUCCUCUGAGCGAGACAGUGAAGAAAGUGGAAUAUGAUCAUGGAAAACUCAACCUCUAUUUAGAUUCUGUAAAUGCAACCCAGUUUUGUGUUGAUAUUCCUGCUGUGAGAAACUUUAAAGUUUCAAAUACCCAAGAUGCUUCAGUGUCCAUUGUGGAUUACUAUGAGCCAAGGAGACGGGCGGUGAGAAGUUACAACUCCGAAGCGAAGCUAUCCUCCUGUGACCUUUGCCGUGACGUCCGGGACUGCCGUCCUUGUGAGGAUGGAGCUUCAGGCUUCCAUCAUCCCUCUUCAGUCAUUUUUAUUUUCUGUUUCACACUUCUGUACUUUUUGCAACUUUGGCUGUGAUUUAUUUUUAAAGGACUCCAUGUAACACUAAUAUUUCCAGUACUCACAUGUGAUUGCUUUGUUUUCAUAAUCGAAUAUUGCUUCUAUUUUGAAAAACAGUUUUUUUUUUUCCUUUCUAUGGGGUUGGGGUGGUGGUGGUGUACAACAGGUCCUGGUGCGUAUAGCUGUGUAGACUCCUUCACUUGAUCUUUGUGUGGAAGAUCAGAAUGAAUGCAGUUUUAUGUCUAUAUUUUCCCCUUUCAAAAUCUUUUAGGAUUUUUUUUUUUGGAGCUGUUUGUUUUCUCCAGAAUAAAGGUAUUAUUUUAGAAUAGUUAUUCUCCUCAUUUUAUGGAAGAAAUGAACCUAGGUUCUUAAGCAUUAUUACACAUCCAUGUUUGCUUAAAGAUGGAUUUCCCUGGGAAUGGGAGAAAACAGCCAGCAGGAGGAGCUUGAUCUGUUCCCUUCCCACCUCCAACCUAACCCUACUGCCCACCCCACCCUACCCCACCGUCCCAUGCCCAGUGGUCUCAGUAGAUACUUCUUAACUGGAAAUUCUUUCUUUUUAGAAUAUAGGUGGUAAUUUUUUUUUUUUUUUUUAGUGGCAUUGUCUUUUCUCACUGGAAAUCUGAUCACACACCCCAGCCUUUCCCCUCCCUCUCUUUUUCCUCUAUAGAGAAAUGCGAGAGGGGCAGCACAUGUCCCUGGGCUUUGCGUGCCAUCUCAGAGGUUGAGGAGCAUACAAAAAACUGCCCUGGGGGGUGCUGGGUGUGCUCCCUUCUUCCCACAUCCUCAGCCCCACACUGACUCUAUCUCAGGGUGAGAGGCAGAGAGCACUGCGAUAUGUGCCUCAAGGGACUUUGAUUAGAAGAUCCUAGACCAGGAGACACUGUGAGCCAGGGCACAACAAAAUACUAGAUAAGUCACCGCAGACCGACCUCCCUGCAAUUUGAGAAAGAAGCUGGGUUUGUGGAGAAUCAGAGCAUCUUGACAUGACUGCUGUCCUAAAGAUCUCUGGCAUUGGACAGGGGUUCUGUGGAACCUCUUCUGGGCUCAGCGAUCUGAGCAUCAGGCUGCCAGUCAUCUAGUGACAUCUGAUGCUUGCUGUGAACUUUUAAGAUCCCUGAAUUCUGAACACCUCAAUUUUUAGUUGCCCUGUAUUCUGAAGAGUAAUAUAAUUUAUCUGGAUGGAAAUUUUAAAGAUGUCCCCCUUUCUCUUUCUCCUCGUUCUCUCUUUCUUUCCUUUCAAUCUCCCUUUCUUCUUUGCCUUCUAAAUACACUGAAAUAAUUUAUAUCGGAGUCAACAAUUAAUGAUCUUUUACUCAAUCUAAGAAAUUGUUGAGUUUUGCUCUUUAGCUCAUUGGCAUUUCUCUCCAGUGGACACGAGAAAAAGUAAUUGCCAUGGGCUCCAAAGAGUUUGUUUUAUGUUUUUAGUUUUUUAAAAAUAAAACCAUCAAAAAGAAAGCAUGCAAAUGUAUCUUUUAAAGUUAAUUUUUAAAAAUGCUCUUAUUUUAGUGAAUUUUCAGAAAUUAUAGCGGAAUGGAUGGUAUAUAUUACUUACGGAUAUUUUGGAUACCAUGGUAGGAAUAACUAACAUUCAAUAUUUUAAAGCUGUCAAACCUAUAUUGCAGAAAAUAGAUGGCAGAGAGUGGUCUAUGAAGAGGGCAGUUAAGUAUCAAACACCUAAUUUUCUUGCAUUUAUUUUUACGUGGGAAAAAGUUUCUAGAUCUCUUAUACCUCUGACACAAUGUUCUAAAACAGGCACUUACUAUUAUGGGGCCUCCUUGUAAUGGUGUUUUUGCCCUUUAUACUCUGGGGGUUCUUUAAAGAUCAAAUAAUCUUAUAAAAAAAUUGGGGGAGGGUCUUGGCACAGGACUUUCUCAUCCUCUGCCCUGGUCUGGGAACCUUAUAAUGAUAAUCGAUACUUUAUAUUCUUUAGUAAUUAAUGUAUAGUGAACUUUUGGUGUCAUAUAUUAGGAAACACUAGGAUGGAAAGGCCAUUGGAAGAGAGAUUAUAUCUUUUUUAAACCGUAUUUCCUUCUUUAAAAACUAGCAUUUAAUACUUUUUUGGUGAAGAACUUCAGGUUUUCAAUUUAAAAGUACCUUGUAACUCAUCUCUUUUUAUUGUAAGUUUGUUGAAAGUGAAGAGGACAACAAUGAGAAGGAAGAGAAAGGGUCAGCUAGGGGCAUUGGGCUGUGCAGAUGUCCCAGCCACUUCUUCCUUCAUACUUCCCUUGGAGAACUUGCUCUGCUCUAAGCAGUGGACUUGGACUAAAAGUGAUUAAAAUACCACAGGCAUAAGGAGUAUAUGUAGUAGUAACGAUCAAUAAUAUAGAUGAUUUUCUUCACAUGCUAUGGGUAAGAAUAUUAAAAAACUCAUUUUACCAUUAAGAUUGCUUAUGCUGAAGUUCUUCCAUUUAGAAUACUGUCAAUGUCAUUUCCUGGUAUGAACUAAAGCCCCCUUCUUCUCUACUGACUGGGAACCUUAAGACACCAGCACAUCUCACCUCCCUUUCUGUUUGGCCAGUGCUUCCAGAGACUCCAUGUUGGGAAAACCUAGUAGCCAAACACUUCUAGGACAGAAUAACACUUUUAUAUUUGGUUUUACCAUCUUACUACCUUUAGUUAUAGUUUUAAAAAAGAAAUUCAAGCCCAUUAAAAUGUGGCUGGUCAAUGAAAUUCUUCCUUUUAUUAUGCGGUUCUAUUGUACUUGGUUUUUCAAACAUUCUAAAAAUAGUAUCUUUGGCUUAAUAUUUUGGAUUAUAUAUUACAAUCUGAGGAGCGUUUUGCUUAUACCGAAUACGAUAUAUUUCUGUUACCUAGGAGUUGUUACUUACAUAUGCAAUACUAUCUCCUGAAUGUGGUAAUUUUCAGAAUUACAGAUAGCAUAACUCUCCCUGCUUCUGUUCUUUUGAGUCUAGGUAUAAUUAUUUUUUAAAAGACAUAUUUAGCUUUAAUUUCUAUUUAUGCUAAAUAUAGUUAUAAAUAGACUGUCAAUAUAAUUCCAACUAUUUUUAUUUUGAUGUAAUGCAGUUAUUUCAUUGGACAUGUCUGGCUGACUCAAGACAUUAAAAACAUUGGAGCUAUGAUUUUUCUUUUCCAGUUUUUAAAAAAGAACCAUUUUAUUAACCUGCUGGCAUAUAAUCUAGAGUUCUUUUGACAACCUUACUUUUUCUAAUUUGCUUUAUUGAAUUAUUGAAUACUCAUUUCUUUCUAAAAAUAUGUUGUAAAUUCUCUCUUGGCACGAUUUCUCCCUAUGAGGGUAGUUAUUUGAGUUUGCCAAGUGAUUACUAUGGGUCACGGUGCCAUGAUAUAUUCUUGGGUGCAUUAGUUUUUUGCAUAUUGUAAAUUUAAGACACUUAUAGUAAGUGGACUCAUUUGUGAAUGGACUUCAGAACCUUUUACGUUCUCAGUAGAGGCUUCUGUUGGGCAGGCAGAAGAGUAUAUUGCUCACUUUUUUUUUCAUCUUCAAAUUCCAGUACGGCAUAGGGCUUUUAAGAAAUUAAAAUUUUUCCAUAAUCUAUUCAGAUAUUUAUGUUAAUAUUAAAUAUGUUACACUGGGAGUAAUUUAAGGUGCAAUUAUUUUAUCACUACUUUGAUUAUCCUCUUCAGAAAACUAAGCAGUAAGUAUAACUUUUAAAUUAAGUAUAUGUCAGUGAGAGUAGGAUUAUUUUAACAACUAUUUCUAUCCAGUGAGUUGUGUUUUCAUGUCUCAUCAAAAGACAGCACCACAUUGCAUCAUUUUAUAAAAUACAUUAUCAUUUUCAUUUCAAUUGUAACCUAGGAAAAUAGAUAUUUCCUGGAUGAUUCCUGAGUUUCUUAUUGCAAAGAAAAGUUAUACAUUGGUAUGCAUGUGUCUCUGUAAUAGGAACAAUAUUGAUAUAUGUGUUGCUACAUAUUUAAGAAUCAUUCUAUCUUAUGUUGUCUUGAGGCCAAGAUUUACCACUUUUGCCCAGUGUGUUGAACUGGUGGUAGAAGGUAGUUCCAUGUUCCAUUUGUAGAUCUUUAAGAUUUUUUCUUUUGAUAACUAAUCGAAUGUUGCUCAAUUCUGGUCCUUCAAGCCUUAAUGAUUUUGAUUUUCAGUAGGGGUCAGUUGAUGUGGAGUCAAUCUCUUUUGUACACAGGAAGCUUUAUAAAAUUUCAUCCACAAAUUUUCUAUUUUGGGAAGCUGUUUUGCUUUAUUUGAAAUAUUAUUUUUCCAGGCACUAAAGCUUUAUAUAUUGAUCAAGAUUCUGAAAGUUUUAAUUUUUAAUGUUGGAAUGUUAUGUUAUUAUUAAUUGUACUUUAUUAUGUAUUCAAUAGAAAAUCAUGAUUUAUUAAUAAAAGUUUAAAUUCCCAUCUA